CAUGCCUGCUGUGUCGCCGGGCAGAGGCUGACCCGGCUCUCUGCGGGGCCAAACUGGAGAAGCGAGGGCUCUGUGCCCACGUGUUUUGCCUGCUUUUUGCCAGCGGGCUUUUUCAGCGAGGGGGCAGGGAAGCAGGACUCAUGGGAUUUCUCCCCGAGGAUAUUCGACGUACAAUCGCGCAGGCAGCGCAGAAGCACUGCUUCGUCUGUGGCGAGAGCGGGGCCGCCAUCUCCUGCCAGGAAACAGGCUGCCACCGCAGCUUCCAUCUCCCCUGUGCCGUGGAGGGUGGAUGCGUCACCCAAUUCUUUCGGCUCUACAGGGCCUUCUGCUGGGAGCACCGCCCAGAGCAGGCAGUGGAGGCGGCUCCGGAGGAGAACACCAUCUGCCUCAUCUGCCUGGACCUUGUGGAGGAGAGAAAGUCCUACGGCACCAUGGUGUGCCCAGCGUGCAAACACGCCUGGUUCCACAGGGGCUGCAUCCAGAAUCAGGCUAUGCACGUUGGCUUCUCCUGCUUCCAGUGCCCACAUUGUCAAAAUGAAUAUCGAUUUCUGAUGGAAAUGCUCACCAUGGGGAUCCGAAUCCCCAGGAGAGGACCAUCAUGGGAGGAUGAUGGUGCCUACGAAGAAUUAUAUGAGAGGCAUAGCCGCUGCGAUGCCAGGGAGUGCCUUUGUCCCGGAGGCAGGGAGCAGGCAGAGCAAGAGGGGCCCUGGCAACUGCUCCUGUGCUGCUCCUGCGCUGCCGAGGGCACCCACAGACGCUGCUCCUUCAUGAAGCAUAGCACAACUAGCUGGGAGUGCGACGCGUGUGCUGGCCUGGGCACCGCCUCCAGUGCCAGCUCGGAGCUCGCCGGCCCCAGCACUGCCAGCCAGGCAGGAUCGGGGCAAUCGCUCAGGUCUCCGGAACCGGAGACCAGCAGCCCCAGCACCGCCAGCCAGCUGCCAGCGGGGUCCUCCUCUGGCUCCCCAGCACUUGAGAGCAGUGGAAGCUCCAGCCCCCCUGGGCCCGUGCGGAUGCCAGACCGCUCCCGCUUGCAACGCCGGGCCCAACAUCCCUACAGCCGGCCCGGACGCCGCCAUGGAACCAGCCGUGCGCCAUCCCCGAGCGCUGGUCCUGAUCCCCCUCCACCCGUACAAUAA